AUGGCUUCAUCGGAUGACGUUUUCAAAGAACUAUUUGCUAGUAUAUAUGAGCCCUUCUCUGGACUAAAUGAGAUGGAUUAUGAGCUCCAUGGUAUUUAUAUGGAUCACGAACCAGAGCAUGAGUUCGUGACUGCGCUUGAUAAAUGUAGGGACGUCUUUCUCAAUGUUCUAGUUAGUGAUGAAAACUUAAGGAAUUCAAGCAUGGCUGAUGAAAUCAGAGCACAAGUUUAUCAUGCUAAUGAAUGGCAAAGUGAUGAAGAAGGUGAACAAGAGGCGGUGAAGAAUAAGUACAGAAUUCAUGAUCCAAACACACCAUGGGAUAAGAUAGAACCUAAGGUAGGUGAUAUGUUUGAGUCUCCUGCACAACUUAAGUUUUGUAUUCAAAAUUAUGGGGUGUCAAAUGGAUAUCAGAUAUACUUUGAAAAAUGUGAUAAAACUAGACUAGUUGCAAGAUGUGGGAAGAGGACAGAGAUGAAUGAUUGUCCUUUCAGAUUGUAUGCUGGAUGGAUGUACAGUGAAAAAUCAUUUCAAGUUAAAAAUUUGGUUGCAGAGCAUCGUUGCAGUAGGAAGUUCAAAUUUGGAAGUCUUGUUUCCCCUGAAUGGAUAGGUAGGCAUUACAUUACUGAAAUUGCAAACACACCUAAGAUGAAACUUAGGGACAUGAUUGCCGAUAUCAAACAAAGGUUGAGAUGUGUAGUAUCCAUUGGGCAAGUCCGUAGGGCAAAAAAAUGGGCCACUGAGUUGAUUGAAGGAAAACUAACUGAACAUUAUGCUAGGGUAUGGGAUUAUGCUGAUGAAUUAUUAAGGUCCAACCCAGGUUCAACAUGCAAAGUUAGGGUGUAG